UAUGUGAGAGGGGGAAGGUGGGAGGAGAAAGGAGGCCAUAAAAUACAAACCAUGAGUGAUGACCACGCCAGUGAGAAAAGGAAGCGAGAGAAAGGGAAGUGGAAAGAGAAAGAGAUACAAACAAGGCUGUGUGUCGAUUGCGAUUUUGAGGGUCGUUGCCCAAAUUCUUCCAGAUACAUUGACAAACUACAAAGGACUGAGUGUGACUCUCUGAAAAUAAGAGAAAGACAAGCAGCGGGCAUAGAAGACAGACAGAGAAACAUAAAAUAAUCAAUGCAUGCGAUGGAGCAGGGGAGCGUUCAAGAGCAUGGAAGAAGUAGAAAACUGUCCAAGAUCUGGGUGAUAAAUGAAUAUGUUCGAGUGGGACUCGCAGAAACCCUCAGCACCUAUGUCAUGAUGGUGUUUGGCUUGGGCUCUGUGGCGCAGGUCGUGACUGGACUGGGUGUGUUCGGAGAAUACCUCAGUGUCAACCUGGGCUUCGGCCUGGGCGUGACUAUGGGAGUGCAUAUUGGCGGGAGGGUCUCAGGGGCCCAUAUGAACGCAGCAGUAUCAUUUUCCAUGUGUCUCUUUGGUCGUUUGGGUUGGAGGAUGCUGCCCAUCUAUAUCCUCAGUCAGCUGAUAGGCUCCUUCUUGGCGGCUGGGACCAUAUACUCCCUUUACUAUGAUGCCAUUUACCACUACUGUGGAGGGAAUCUGACUGUGUCUGGGCCUAAGGCUACAGCUGGGAUCUUUGCUACCUACCCAGCACCCUACCUCUCACUUCAUGCUGGAUUCCUAGACCAGUUCAAUAAGCAAACGUUUGGGGGCUCUCGUGUCUGCAACAAACCAAAGCUUGGAAGCCUGCUCAGGUAA